AUGGCUACUCUCGUUGCCACUGUUCUCGUCUCUGGUGCUGUGAUCUGUACAUGUGAGGCACGUGCUGGUCGAAACCAUGCUUUUAAUAAGCUCGACUCGAAACUGGACGGCAUCGGCUCGAAGCCCGACCGCACCAGUACAUCGAAGCUCGACGAAACCAAAGACGACCCCGGAGCCGAGAUUCAAUGCGCUCAGUCUAUGGUUGUUGAAACCGCUCUUCAUACCAUGAGAGCCAUUGACGGUGACAAAAAAACCUCUAGAUCUGCGGCAGUGGGUGAAAAGCGCUGA